AUGGAGGUAGCAGUUGGAACCAAGGAGAAACCGUCGCAAACUGCAGCAAUGGAUGGUGCCAGCAAGGGUUUCACCACCCUUCCAGCCGCUACGCCCCACCGAAGCGAUUCGAGAGAAGCUACAUACGCAAUUGCAGAUAUCAAUCAGCAUCAACAUCAACAAAAUGCUGAUCAUCAUGAUCAACUACGUAUGUUCAACGCUUCAUUAGACUAUCAGUUCCAAAAGUCUAGAACUUUCGGAACUCCGACGGUUGCGAGUCGAAGAAGCGCGAAGUAG